CUCUAAGCUGGAUACAGUCUGGAUUGUUACCUUUGACCAGUUAUUCACCUUUCUUUUCCGCCACCUUGCAUCCUACCAGGACGUUUUUCGGGCCACAUCUGGAUAGCUCUGGUCCAUCCCCACUGUGUCUAGUUACUGUGUACUCCGAUUGACGCCCAACCACUACAGCUCUCGACCGAUCAAUCAUCUCCCUCAUUAGCUAUCCCCCUACCCUGCAAUUGAACGCUUUCUGAACCAUGGAUGUCCCCACGGCGGCUCGCUCCCUUAUCAGGAAGCAUCCCCUGCAGCGAGUCUCGAGUCCAUCCAGAGGCUUCUCGGCCUUGGUUCAUGUACGUCAUUUGUAACUUGUUUUCGACGUGAGCUCGUUUGCGCGGUUACUGACUCCUUUGGCAUGGCAGCUUGUCGGUCUCUGCAGCUUCAUUUGGUCCUUCAAAUUUAUGCACGACAAUCCGAACCGCGCAAACGAAGCCUAUGGGUGGCAUUUCCAGUACCUGACUGUUAUUGGAUUAGCUCUGUCGAUUCUUACUUUCGCCGUUGGGUUGACGGCGGACGUGACGUUAUCGGCUCGACUGUUCCUGCUCAAGAACUUGUUGUCCAUGUGCAGUGCGCCCAUGGAAGUCUUGAUCAGCAUUCUUUAUUGGAGCCUUCGCCUGAUCGAUGAACGCCUGGUGAUUCCCGCCUGGGCCGUGAUUCCUUUAAGUGCCGAUGUGAGCUUUCACGCGGUCCCUUCCAUCGUUUUAUUGAUCGACCUCUUGCUACUGUCUCCGCCUUGGACCAUCACCAUCGUGCCGGCGCUGGGCUUGUCCAGCACGAUCGCCUUUGGUUACUGGAUUUGGAUUGAGCAUUGCUUUGCUCAUAAUGGAUGGUACCCGUAUCCCAUCUUCGAGCAAGUGCCCUUCGAAGGCCGCGUUGGACUCUUUGUGUUGAGUGCUGUGGUGAUGGCUAUCAGCACCGCGACGCUCAAGUGGCUCUAUGGCCGCGUGAAUGGCUUUGGGUACCCCCGUUCUCCGGCAGCUCGUUCUGGAUCCGUGAAACAGAAUGGCGGCCUGUAG